AUGGCCGUGUCACACCGUGAGAUAAUCAAAAAAUGUGCUAAUCCGGUUGCUCUCGAACAUGGCUACUCGGGAGUCCUGCGCGUUGGGUACGCAGAGGAUUGA